GGUUGAAAGCGCGGGAAAUGUUUUAUUUACAUUUUCGCUACGAUUGCAGUAUUCUGCUCACCGUUCAUAGCUUUUGUUUCAGUUUUUCGAUUUGAAAAUAAAGAAAAUACCUUAAAUGGAUUCAACUAUUUCGGUUUCAAAGGGAGUGUUUGUUUUUAAAAAUGGUGCCACCAAAGCCAGUCUAACUCGUCGCAAGCAUCAGAAGUGUCGCAGCCUGCUAGAUCAGACUACGAUGGAGUCAUUUUGGUAUCGCAGUUAUCAGAGACUUUGGUUCCGUGUUAGUGAGCAGAUCGACAAACUGCAAUCUAGCAGCUAUGAAAAAAUUCUUGACGAUCUAUUAGCAUUUGUAGAAGGUUGCUAUCAAUCUGUGGAGUACAAUGGUAUACUGCCAACGGCAGCUUUGCUGACUGGUAUUAAUCAGAUCGACCAUUUGUCUCAAUUCGAAACGUUGGCCAGAAAUAUCAAGAACAACACUUUUUCGUUGGUGGUGCUUUUGCAAUCCAGAGAAUGUCCAAGUAUAAAAGCAGCUGUGGAGGCUAUUGUUUCCGGUUAUGUGGAAGAACAUCGCGAUACCGAUGACAGUGAGAGCAAGCAGCUAAGACGAAAUCAGUUAAACUUUGGAGUGCUAAAAGCCUGGUACCUGGAAAAGCAUCAACACCUGGAUCGGAAGCCCAACUUGAGUAUUAUUAUGCCUGAUUUUGAGGUUUUCAGCCCUGAUGUACUGCAGGAUUUGAUUUUAGUUUUAAACUCCUUUUCGUCAGAACUACCAUUUGUACUAAUUUUUGGCGUGGCCACAUCAAUUGCUAAUGUACAUGGGGUGCUACCUUAUCACGUGACAAGUAAAAUCAAAUUGAGCAUCUUUCAAUCAGAACCAUCAGUCGUAAAUUUAAACAAAAUUAUAAAUAAUGUUCUUCUGACAACCCACUGUCCAUUCCAUCUUUCCGGAAAAACGUUCAAACUACUGGUUGACAUAUUUCUGUUCUACGAUUUUUCCGUUAAGGGUUUUAUCGAAGGAUUUAAAUACGCUCUCAUGGAGCACUAUUUUCAGGGUAAUAUAUAUGCCCUAUGUAGUGUGACGAAUGAUCGUGAUGAGUUGGAAGAAGCAGUGGCACAGUUGGAUUCAAACGAUCUUGAAAAUAUCCGACAACUACUAUCAUUCCGAGCUUUGAUCGAGUCAUUGCAUAAUCCUCAAGAAGUGAUUGAUUUCCUGACAAAGGAUGAUUAUUUGCGACGAUUAUUACCUCAAAUGUUAAUUGAGGUGCAUAACUUUUGGUUUACAUUCAAUUGUUCUCUAGAAAUGCUCCAGGUUUUGAUUUUGGAUUUACCAAAGGAUCCACUUGGCAAACAAUUGAGGGAAUUGUAUGCUCUUUGUAUUUCAACAGAUGUUACUCAGACGGAUGAGUUUAAAGAAUGCAUGCAACUGGUCCUGCUCACGUCUAAAGAUGAGAUCCUCGAGAAACUUUUUAAAAUGCUGGAAAUUAUCAAUAAAUACAUUGAAUAUAACGAUGAAGCCAGCAUACGAGGGCAAACUUUUUUCGAAGUUGAGCCGUUGGAACAUAUGAAUAAUGAUUUAGAAGGAAUUGCUACCGACAUUGCUCAAGCAGGUAUGAAUUUAAUAACCGAAGAUGACAGUGAAAAAAAUAUUAGUUUAACAUCUCCCAAAAUGGGACGCCAUGAGUUGCAGAAAAAGCUUUUAACCGCAGCUCGCCAACCCAAGUUUGAAUCUGCUUAUACUAAAUCUGUUAACAAACUGGUGAUUUACAUCACAAAUGAUAUUUUUCGCAAGUUUCUUCGUCCUUUCAGUCGAGGACCUGCUUUAAUCGAACUGUUUGUGUUUAACGACGCGGCGGCUAUUCGGAGGCAUAUUGUAGGUGUCCCUCGCGCUGCUGUCCACACAGCACUCAACAAUCCUCACUACUAUUUACAGUGCGACUGUUGCGAACUUGCAGAUGACUGCAGUCUUAUCUCCACUAUUCCGGAUCUUUCUGUUGCAUAUAAACUGCACCUCGAGUGCGGUAGGAUGAUCAAUCUUUUUGACUGGUUGCAGGCAUUUCGAACUGUUCUAGACGGCAGUAACAUAGACGAACAAGAACGCCAAGUGGAUCCCAAGAUACAGGCCCGCUUCACACGAGCUGUUGCAGAGUUGCAGUUUCUAGGUUUCAUAAAAACGUCCAAGAAGAAGACUGAUCAUGUUACAAGAUUGACCUGGUGAAUCGGAAAUCGAUUUCGUAACCGUCCUUGUUAUGCUUCCUUGUGAUGGACUCUAUUUUGCAGUUCAAAACCGACGGAGUGGAAAUUUUGAUUGAGCUGCGUUUGGUAUUGUGAAUGAUAGAUGUUCUCUUUG